GGCCCUUGCCCACGCCGAUGUUUGAAAACAUGAGAAUCCCGCCCGAGGACGAGCACGUGCAAUACUGUACAACCGACCCGGAGUAUCACGAGAAAAAAGUGUUACAGUUACACAUUGUGUUGCAGGCCAAGCAAGACAGACAAGCUCUGUCAUGCCAGAUAUGCGUAGGAGCCUCGUUUCACAGGUGUUUUCCCGUAGGAUAUCUGCAUUACAAGUCUUCUCUCUCAUGCAGAGAAAUUUGUGUUGCUGAAUUCACUACAAAUGUGUAACUGUAACACUUUUUUCGUGGGAUACGGAGUACCACGAGAAAAAAGUGUUACAGUUACACAUCUGUUGGAGUUUGUGCAUCACAAAUUUAUUUCUCUGUGUGGCAGAGAAAACUUGUAAUGCGAAGAUCAUAAGGGGAAACAGGAAGGAAACGAGGCUCCCAAGCAUUUCCUGCAUCAGAAAGGUUGUCUCUGUUGCCGGUGUUGCAACACAAUGUGUAACUGUAACGCUUUUUUCCUGUGAUACGGAGGUGGUGCAGGAGGUGUUCAAUCUCGGGAAUUCCGAUAUUGUGAGGAAAAAUCUCCCCUGCCCAUAUCGAAAAGGAAAUUUGGGAUGCUGAUUUGUGGCCACUAAUCAGCUUUGUCUUGUUCGCUACAAGGCAAACGGCACCCAUGUGCUGGCGCAUUGUGCAAUGAGUCUGUGGUGCGUUAUUUUCGCAUACGUCAGACUUGUUGCUCAUGCGCAGCUGGUGCUAGCCGGAUGCGUUUUUUUCCAGUCGGCUUAGAAUAAGUGUGACGCACGACCCUUUGGACCAGUAGAGGAUCCCCUCUCGACGUGCUGGUCCUGGGCACGUCGAGAACGACUCUUCUCGACGUGCUGACUUCGAGGUGAUCGGCUGGUCCUGGGCACGUGAUCUGAAUGCGGACGCCGACGAACCAUCAUCAUCGACAAUUUCGCUCUCUUCCUCUUCAUCUGAAGUCG